GGAGAAUAAGGGAGAGGAAGAAGUUAUUCUACUAUAACCGUUUGACUUAGUUAUCGCUAUUAUCAUCGGCCAGCCUAUCAGCUCAAUUCGUGGAGGGGCAUGUGUCCCGCAACGUAAUUUUGGGGAGUAUGACGUCUGAAGCGACUGGUUUCGCCCAUACGAACAUGGAAUCCGACUCUUUGGCCGCUCAGCAACCCGUCCCAGCGCCAGCUGGGCAGGGUACGAAUUCAGCUGAUCAGGAGAACAAGACUAAAGCACAACCAAGCCAGGUCCGCUUCUCUUCAACAACAGAGGAAAUUGAGCCAUCGGCCGCCACUGGUGGCCCCGCACCGAGGCCGGCCGAGACCCCCAAGCAAAUGGAUGACUUGCGGUCGUUGGCGGCUAGCCUUCAAAGAUCCCAAUUACAAGAGUCUCGGCUGGGGAGUUUCUCAUAUGAUCCCGUCUCUCUACCUUCUUCAAGGGUUGCGUCUCGAGAAUCAAGCGAUCGCAGUACACGAGGAGCUAAUGGAUCUGGUUUGCCGUCUCCCCAUGCCUCCCCACCAGUGUCCGUGAUGCAAUCACCACCACUUACACCCGCGGCCACCCAUUCGCGUGAAUCCAAAACUAAUGGCACUUCCUCCAUGUCGAUUGCUACAGAUCGAGGAACCGGCGCAAACUCAGCGGCGAUGACCCCAGAGACAUCUCCACCCACAGGUGGAUCCACGAAGAGCCAAGCGCCCCAAAGCGCCCCAACUUCGCGGCCUGGUUCGACCGAUCACCUAGCAAAGACCAAUGUCUCGCAAACAUCGUCUCACCCACAGAAUGGAGCAAAACAUCGGGCGCAGUUCUUCAUUGGGCCCGAUGCCAGCUCUCAAGACGAAAGCCCACCAGCCACCCCUAGGGUCGACUACACUCCUCCUGGCGCCAUCACGCCAGUAGGAGAACCGGAUGAUCCGUACGCUCGCAGUAAGCGCCCUCCUCAGCCGAAGAACCUUGCUCAGCUCGAUCAGCGGUUUAUUUUUGGCGGCCGUGACUUCAAACGGCGUGCACACACCUCGUCGUUCGGCCGUCCAUCGACCCCCCGGUCGGCAAGCGCGAGUGAUCUGAAGGCAAGCGAUAAGCAACGUAGUGGGUUUUUCGGCAGCAAAAAGGACUCCAGACAGCAAGAACCCGAGGGUAAGCAUCAUGGCCAUAUGGCGGAGCUCAAGCGAUUUUUCAAGAUGGGUCAUAAACACAAACGCGCUGAGUCACCAUCAUCGGCAGCGAAACGGUCGAGCAGGUCCUCUGGGAAGAGCACGCCCUAUCAAAUGGCACCCGACAGCGUCCCGUUUGCCGAUGAUCAUGGGCUCAAUUCCAAGUAUGGAAAGUUAGGGAAGGUUCUAGGAUCUGGGGCCGGUGGCUCUGUACGGUUACUGAAACGUAACAGCGACGGCGUGACUUUUGCCGUGAAGCAGUUUCGAGACCGUCAUUCCUGGGAGACGUUGAAGGAAUAUUCGAAAAAAGUCACAGCAGAGUUCUGCAUUGGGUCAACUUUACACCAUGGCAACAUUAUCGAAACCCUUGAUAUCAUCCAAGAAGGGACCCAUUGGUACGAGGUCAUGGAAUACGCCCCAUUUGACCUUUUUGCGAUUGUUAUGACCGGCAAGAUGCAGAAGGAAGAAGUCGCGUGCUCCUUCAAGCAGAUUCUCAGCGGAGUGGCAUAUCUACACGGGAUGGGCUUGGCCCAUCGGGAUUUGAAGCUGGAUAACGUGGUUGUCAACGAGCAUGGCAUUAUGAAACUGAUUGACUUCGGGAGUGCUGUUGUUUUCCGGUACCCUUUUGAGAAUGACAUUGUUCCCGCUUCAGGAAUCGUGGGUUCCGAUCCGUACCUCGCCCCGGAAGUGUAUGAUGAGAAGAAAUAUGAUCCGCGCCCUACGGAUAUCUGGUCUCUGGCUAUUAUCUUCUGCUGCAUGAGUUUGCGGCGAUUCCCUUGGAAGCAACCCCGAGUUAGCGAUAACUCCUAUAGACUCUUUGUGUCUUCCCCUACCCCGGGGACUCCGGUGCCAGAUGCUGAUCCGAAACGCCAUCGACCGAUCAAGUCUGCUCCUGACCUCUCCUCAUCUGCGCGGGAAGGCCAGUCCUCGGAAUCGAAGAAUGGAGUGUCCGGGCCACCGCCAGAACCCUCUAAAAGCCAGGAUGCGCCAAAAUCCCAACCGAAACCGGAAUCAGCCACCCAGGACGAAAAUCAACCCCCAGAGAGCCCCCAAGAGAAGACACCUAGCGACAAUCAGAAAAACGGUAAUGGUGACAACAAACCCAGACGCACAACCAGUAAAGAGGCACCCCCGCUUCCCCCCGGCGCGGCACCCCCGUCAGGACAACGUCAGGAAGUCAUCAAGCCCAUGGAGGCUUUUGCGGCUCCUGCCUCGCGAAAGCCGUUAUAUCAUCGGCCGGAUGCUCAAGGUCCCAGGAUGCGCCAGGAAUUCCAUCCUCUGCAGUCCGCUCCUUCGUGCCACGUCCCAACCCCGCGUUUCACUAUCAUGGCUCAGUCACCCGAAGCGGAGCCAUUGGUCUCCUUAUGGACGAGGUCUUUGCUUUCUGGUGCAGUGGCCGGGCUCACUGUCGACUGUUCUUUGUACCCAUUAGAUACGAUCAAAACACGCCUUCAGAAAGCUAGACACCAUGCCCCAUCGGUCCCCCCUACCAGUCUGUCCCUGAGACAGACUAUCCGAGGAAUCUAUGCUGGUCUCCCUUCCGUCCUCUUCGGCUCGGCACCAUCAGCCGCAUCCUUCUUCAUCGUCUACGAUGGCGUAAAACGUUCUCUUCUACCAGUCUCGAGCUCCGAGACUCCGUCCCGGACACAUAUAAUCCUUACACAUUCUCUUGCGUCUUCGAUGGGUGAGGUAGCAGCUUGCGCAGUUCGCGUGCCUACUGAAGUUAUCAAACAAAGAGCUCAAGCGGGUCUCUUUGGUGGCUCAAGUUUGUUGGCCUUAAAGGAUAUUCUGGCUUUGCGCCAUCCAGAUGCUGCCCGUGGGAUAAGUGGUGGUUAUGGACAGGUCAUCAGGGAACUGUAUCGGGGAGCCGGUAUCACCAUUGCAAGGGAAAUCCCGUUCACCGUUUUACAGUUCACUAUGUGGGAAUCAAUGAAGGAGGCAUAUGCCAAGCGCAUGCAGCAUACCUCGAAAUCUGGCUCGGGCUCUUCCAUAGACCAGGUGCCGGCCUCCACAAGUGCCAUGUUCGGUAGUGUCGCUGGCGCAAUUGCCGCCGGGCUUACGACCCCUCUCGACGUCAUCAAGACGCGAGUCAUGCUCGCUCGUCGUGGAGAUGGUGCGGAAGGUGGUCGAGUGCGGAUCAAGGACGUGGUUCAGGAUAUUUCCAAGGAAGGAUUCGGGGCUUUUUGGAGAGGUAUCGGACCACGGGUGGCUUGGAUCGGUAUUGGAGGCGCCGUGUUUUUGGGUAGUUACCAAUGGGCAUGGAAUUCCCUUGAGAGGAAAAGUAGGUCUCAGGACGAAUAA